CUGUCUGGUUUAUACCAAAAAAUUACUGAGUGAGCKUCUCGAUUAAGGCGAAUCUUUUCAUAGACAUUAUGGAACUCUCCAUCUUUGCAACAUCACCAAAUGUAGAGUAAGCUAUCAAUUUGCGUCCAGGAGAAUAUUGUUGUUUAUUCAUCAUUUCUUUUCAUUUUGGUGUAAUCCAGGGGUUCACACACCCCUAUGAUUUUCAUAAAAUGGGAAACCUAACGAUGUUAUAGAGGGCUGCGCGCUUGAUAUAAGGUACAUAUUACAAUAAAUAGGAGCUUUUCAUUUUUUCAUUUCCUAAUAUCACAAUGUCGGUUGCAUUUUCAUCGGCGCGCCCAAGGAGCAWAGGGGAGGUGACACAACAAACUAUACAAAAGAUGCUGGAUGAAAAUCACCAUCUGAUUCAAUGUAUAAUGGAUUACCAGAGCAAAGGAAAAACAGCAGAAUGCACACAGUAUCAGCAGAUCCUUCACAGAAACCUGGUCUAUCUGGCCACGAUAGCAGAUUCUAAUCAGAACAUGCAGUCACUGUUACCUGCGCCUCCUACCCCUAACACGGGGAGUAUGGGUCCUGGAGGGAUGGGGCAGAACGGGGGCAGUGGGCCCAUACACUCCCAGAGUAACCUCAAUGACGCCAUGACACCUGGCCUGCCCCCCCCCUCCAUGAUGCAGAGUCAGAUGAGCAAUGGCCCCAGCCACGCUCCCAUGCAGCAGCAGCAGCAUGCGGGUCAGACACAGUCGGCUGGGCCCUUCUCCACGUCCCUCAGCCUGCCGGCCAGCACCCACGGCUCAGCCUUGAGCUACAGCCACCCCGUGCCCCCCUCUUCCCAGGGCAGCAUGAUCCAGGGGCCUGGCCCAAGCCCAGGCUCUGGUUCUUCCUCUUCUUCCUCCUCCCGCAGCAACCUCAACAUGCAGUCCAACCCAGUCUCCAUGAUGCAGCAGCAGUCGGCCACACCUCAUUACCCGUCGUCCCAGACUGGGGCCGGGCAGCAGCACUACCAGGGCCAACAGACUGCUCUGGGCAUGUUGGGGCAGAGCGGACAAAGCAACAGUAUGGUGAGCCAGAGGCCCAUGGGGACUUACCGACCCACACAGCAAGGAUGUGCACUGCAGUACAUGGGACAAGACGAGUUCUACGGAGAGCAGUAUGGACACACUCAGAGCUCCAGUGAGCCCAUAAACCAGCAGUAUUACCCUGAUGGUCAUGGCGAGUACUCCUACCAACAGUCGUCCUACGCCGAACAGGGCUAUGAGAGGCCAUUUGACGAGUCCUCACAGCACUACUACGAAGGAGGCAACUCCCAGUACAGUCAGCAGCAAGCCCAGUACCAGCAUGGCUCAGGUCAGCAGCAGCCCUUCAGCCAACAACAGUACCCCUCACAGCAGGGCUACAGCACACAGCAACAGGGCUAUGGUCCAGGUCAGGGUGCGUUGUCCCAGUACUCCCAGUACCAGCAGGGUCAGGGCCAGCAGUAUAGCUCCUACCGCUUCUCCCAGGCUGCCCCUGGGGCACAGACACAGAGGCCCUACGCUUACGAACAGGGUCAAUAUGGAAACUACCAGCAAUAAGGCACCACCUCCUGGGCAAACUGGUGGACAAGUUAGGCAAGGGAACAGUUCUGUGAAUGCCCCUUAACAGUCAUGUGUAAACCAGUCUCUGAGUAAAUUAGUUAGAUUAAGCUCUAAAUCCUUUUAGUUUGCUGAGAGACAGAUUAGAAGUCUAGAAUGUCAGCUCCAUUGUCCGCUUGUUCACUAUUUUCUAGCUGAGUAGAGGUUAACUGGUUCAGGAGAUCCUGUAUUUAGCACCUCUCAUCUCUGCUUUCUCUCCUCACCCUCUAUAAGAGGCUUUGAAUUAGGGGGGUAUCUGGUAACAAAUCGGGGCACCCUCAAUAGUAUUAUUAUAUUAACAUGGGCAAUAUAUGUGUUUUAAACUCAUGUGAAAUUUUAAACCUGCCUCUAAAUGUCUUCCUUCCUUGGUCUGUGACCUCUAUCAGCCUCUACCUGGCUCCUCCUAUCCUCCCUUUCUGUCUUUGUCUUUCACAGGGUGCACAAUACAAGUGCUAUCCUCUGUCUUUAAGAAUAAUUGUGCCAAUUAGGUUGUUCACAUUUACAUAAGAUUGAUCUAAUAUAAUACAUUCAGCAUCUAUUAUUCAGUGUAGAGAAUAACUUAGAGUUGACUCUUGAUAAGUGUACUUUGAUUAAGGUUAAAAUGGGGCUUGUCGGUGGUGUUCAACCUGAUGUGUUCAGGCUGUGUUUUUUUUUAACUGUGAAGUUGUGUAGGUCAGUGUGUGGUGUGACCGACUGUUUUGUGUUACCACUCUCUCUGUGUAAGAAGAACCAAUGCUUUAGUAAGGUAAUAGACACAAUAGCUGGUGAAUUGACAAGUGUGCAUCAACUACACUACAUUGCCAAAAGUAUGUGGGCACCUGCUCGUCAAACAGACUGCAAGAUGGUGAAGCGUGAUUCAUCACUCCAGAGA